AUGAUUCUUCAUAAUUCAAUGAAACUUGAAGUUUAUGGUGUAAAGAACCAUGACCAUAUAGUCGUUUUGGAUGAGUCCAAAGAGCCAAAUUUAUCGCUCGAAAUGUUACACUGGAUAGAUGCAACUAGAGAUCAGCAAGAAUUCAAUGAUAGAAUGUUCAUGUCAAUUGACUACUCAAACCAAAUCGAAGCAGCAAGAUUGAAAGACCUCAAGAUGUCUCGAAUUGAACUGAAAAGAAAGGUAUUUUUCAAAGUAAUGAAAAAUUCACUUAAUGAUUCAAUGCCUCAAAUUGAUACAAAGGAUGUCAAAACAAAUAUUCCCGAUUCAAAAUUAUCAAUAAGCCCAUUACCUCAAUUCUGGGAAUGUUCUCAACAACAAAACCUCAAGUUGUUUAGAGGAUAUUCAGAACCGAACUAUCCUUUGGAUUUGAAGAUUGAUGUUAAGGAAUAA